AUGACUAAUAGUGGAGGAAGCAAUUGUUCAUCAUAUUCAUUGGGGUUCAGGUAUCGUCCACACGACGAUGAACUCAUAAACUAUCUAAUCAAGUUUGUAUGUGACAAGUCUAUUGAAUGUGAUGAUAUUCAGCAUAUAGACUUAUAUGGUAACAAGAAGCCAUCUGAUAUAUUUGGAGAUUUAUGUGAUGCGAGUUACUUCUUCACUCAAUUAAAGAAAAAAUCGUCCAAUGGUAAAAAUUUUAACAGGAGAGUUGUUGGAGGUGGAACAUGGAAGGGACUUGACAGAGGUAAAUCUAUUUUGAAUAAAAAAGGUUCAGUGAUCAUAGGGUUCAAGAAAAGCUAUCGUUUUUACGAUAAAGAUAGUAAUUCGGAUCAAAGAAUCGUGUGGAUUAUGAAAGAAUACUUUCUUAGUGGUACUAUCCUAAAGGGGUUAAAAAAACGUCGUCAAAUUCAACACGAGGACUACGUUUUGUGUCGCAUUACGAGGAAGGUGGCGGUCCAUGGUGAUCAUGAUCAGAAUAAUGGAUCAAUUUGUGCUAGUAUUAACUCUGAUCACAACGAGGCUGAAAAUAUUGGAUUAAUGUCGUGUGUCCGUCAAAACCAGGUUAAUAUUUUGCAAAAUCCUCAAGAGAUAAUGAACCCCGUUUUUGAGCAGCCUAUGGACCAAGUAAUUGUCGAUGAUCAGAAUAAAGGAUUUUGUGCUAAUUAUGCCGGAUAUGAGAAUAUUGGAUCGUCGUGUCUCCAAUAUGAAAAUCAGGUUAAGGUUUGUUCGAAUACUCAUGAGAUCAAUCCUAUGGAGAUAACGAACCCCGUUUUUGAGGAGCCUAUAUUAGAGUAUCAAAAUCAAGAUAUCGACUACGUCGUCCCACAAGAACAGAUGGAGACAGGUUGUUAUUACUGGUUACCUAGUAACAUUCCUAAUUAUCCAUCAUCUGAUCAAGAUCAGUAUAACUAUCAGUUGCCGGAUGAACAAGAACAAUUUGAACGUGCCAAGGCUAGUGUUCCAUCGGUUGAAGAGUCAUUAUCGGAGUUGAACAAUCUUUUGUAUGGAAACAAUGAUGAGUACAACAGCCUACUACACAAUUUGGUCCCAACACAACCAAUUGUUGAAUUUUCUGAACAAAGGGUACUUCAAGGAAUCAACAUGAUGAUGAGUACUACUAAUGAAGAUAAUUUUAAUACUUCAUCAAUUAUAUGUUCUGAGAUGCAAGUGAACUCAGCUCUGUUUUUUAGUAAUGAAGAAUGCUGGCCUAUGGAGGAGAUAUGGGAUUCUAAGGAGAUAUGGGAUUCUAUGGAUCAAAUGAACACAACGGACUUGCAUCCCAUAUCUGAGCAGCUAGCAAAUUAUUAA